CAGUGGGAUUGUAGCCGGCGGCGUUGGCCAUGCAUCAUUGUCCCCCGUCUACCUAGUCUUUAUUCACAGGUCACGACGAUGUAGAGUGGACCCUAAUUCCUCUGUUCAAUACAAAAAUGAUAAAUAUAAAAACCCUUGUGCUCGGAUCUAUUCAUUCAUGAGAAUUGUGCCCAUUGCCCUCUAGAUCUGUGCAUUCAUCAUCUUCCUCUUGAUUCUGCUACCCUUUGCAAUUGUCUCCCUCACAAAUUUAAUAGUGUUUUGAUAAGGAAGGAGGAUUGUAAGGCAUGAAAUUUUGAGUUAGAUUCUUUGCUAUUAUUGACCUUACAUGUGUUCUAUUCUGAGUCUGUUUGUUUUGUCAAAAAUUAAUAUAGAGCUCUCGGAUCUUCGGUUCCUUUUCUUGAUGCCUGAUUAAAUUACUUCUGAAACGCCCACGAGAAGUGGCCUCCCUGCCAACAGACAGUGAUUGUUAGCCCAUUUCAGUACAAAACUCUCUCAAAAAGUUUGAAUACAAGGCUAUCAGCUUCUCUGUGGCAAGAUUCAUUUGAGAUUUCUUGGCAUGUUCUUAACCCUUGUGCCAGGCAGAACCAGUUGGAAAAAAGACUCAUAAUUGUUUUGAAUAACGUGUGAAAUGCGUCUGACAGCUCGUGAGCAAGAUUACUACGAUGGGUACUAGAGAUAUUCACUAGAGAGACUCUCACCCAGUUUGCAAUUUCUAGUACUAGGUGGAUAUAUGCUCAUAGAAGGUUUAGUAUUCUCACUGCACAAAAGGGUUUGCCCACUCCAAAAAUGGCGCCAUGUCAGAUUCUUCUUGUUUUGCUCUUAGGUCUCUCCCUCCAAUUCUGCAAUUGCAGCAGACAGAUAAGAGAUGCAGCUGAGCAGCAGAAUAUUAGAGGUGGUCAUAGACUAUUACAGGACACCUAUAUGCCUUCUGGAGCCCCCUCUGCUAAUCAUGAUGAAAUGGCUGGUGCUAAAACACAGUCUUUCACAAGAUUGACAGAUGAAAUGGUGGAGAAAAAACCCACAUCUGAAUUGCCUUUGUCUGGGAAGCAGAAGCAGCUCAACAUGAAGCUCAAAGGACAUGAAGCUCCAGAUUCUUUCAUCAUCAACACUUCACCUAAACUAAAGGCAAUCUCUCAGGCAAAGCCUCUCAAUUCUGAAUAUCUUACUUCAUUAGCAUGUUGUGAGACAGAAAUCCUGAGGAAAAGCUUAUCUAAGUCCAGAGAAAGAAGCAGCAGCAGGAGGAGAAGCUUUUUGGGCUCUUCACAGUCAGCAGAAGAUAGUAUGAAUAGUACUGCUGUCUCUUCUCCCCCAGAGAAUCAAUAUUCAGCAGGAGGAGAAAUCAUGGAAAUGGAUUAUUCUCCUGCACAUAGGAAGCCUCCCAUACACAACGAAGUAUCAUUACCUUGAUAAGCAUAUCUUAAUGAAUAGGAAAAUACAAAGAAAGUGAUAAAAUAGAUGGUAUAGUUAUGACAUAGGCCCAACUAUGGAAUUGUUGCCUUGUUGACAAAAUAACUCUUAUCUAUUGGGCCAUAGCCAAUACCCAUGGGCUCUACAACUUGUAAGCAGGAUCAGUCAAGUGAGGGUGAUGUGCAGUCCCAUUCUGAACAUGAAAUAUUUUUCUAUUUUUAGCAUAUAAAAUGGAAGAAACUAUAGCCUUUUG